CGAGAUAAAGUUUAUAGUGAAACUUUUGAUAGUAAGAAUAAUUUUUGCUGAAAAAAACACUGUGAACCACAUUAGUUAUUCCAUGUUAGCUAAUUGAUAAUGUUUAUAAAAAACCGAUAAAAAACCCGUUAAAAGUGCCAUGGGAAAAAAUAAUUUAUGGAAUUAUAAAAAUAAUAAUUUAAUAAGCUUACAUAAAAUCACGGCCAAAAUGUAAGGCAAUGUAAAAUGUAAGUUGUUUGAACUGGCCAGACAAAUGGAAUAAUCUUGUCUAUAUAUUUAAGAAUUUUUGUUUUGCUGAAUCAAAUUUCAACAUUCGUUUUGCUAAAAGAGCAAAGAAUUGAAACGCAAUACUCAAUAAAAUAUUUGUUUAUUCAGAAAAAUCUGUAUCUAAAUAAAACCUAUUAAAAAAAGUUUUGUAAAAGGUAGAAAGUGGACCAGAGGUUAUAAGGCCAAAGGAAAGUUCAAAAAAAUAAAUGCGUCGUAGCAUAGAGAAUUAUUGCUCCAAUUAUCUGACGACCCCUGCAAAUAAAAAUAAAUAUUCCAGUUUAGGCCUCAUUUCAUUAUCUAUUGAACAGUGCAAUCCGACCAUGGGCUGUUGAACUGACUGAGUGCGCGAGUAUAGUGCUAAUAAAUCGCGUUUGUAUGUGUGUGGGAACAACGCACCCCUAGCUCGGGGUUGAUUUCCCAGUUGCGAUAGCAUCGAAAUUGCGCCGACUAAAAAUACAUGGCGCGCGAUAUAGCUAGAGCACGGAGAUCCCAACAGGAGAUAAGCGUUGGCCAGUGGCGGUGCACAUGCACGUGUACAUAUGGCCACGGUCUUUCCCUUUCCGAGAAUCUGCUGGACACAUCGCGUUCUCCAAAAUCUCUCGGGGCUGCAAUAAAAAUGAUCGUUUCGUGCGCCCCGUUCUGAUUCCUUCUAACAGCAAUCUCAUCGCCGAUGAGAAAAAAAAAUCAAGUAAAAAUUGAUCCACUUUGGUUGGGAAAGGUAAAUUUUCCACGUCUAGCCGUAUCUGUAAGAUGAACUAAUGAAAUGCUGUGAAAUACGAAUAAAUUGUUAAAAUUCACUUAUUUUAAUUUUCAGUUUAUUCUUAUUGAAUCAUUAAUUUAUUUAGAAAUGAAAUAUUUCUCAUUUUCAUUUUGAAUUUGAAGAUUUUAAAAUUACCUCCCUGACGCUUAUUUAUGCGACUAUUGUAAAGCAAAAGAAAAUAAUCCAUUCAUUUUGAACGUAUCAUUGACUUACGAAAUCAAAAUUUCCCCUAUUUAAAUUGUUUGCUUGGAUAUUUCUAGAAAAUUUCGGAGACAGUUGUUAACUUUUCAAUUUGUGAGAUUAGAUUUUUGAGAAAUAAAUGUUAAUAUUUAGCCUCCAUAAAAUAAAAAAUAAAAUAAGCGUUUUAGGAAGUGGCUUUUAUAAGCGCGAAUUUAUGCCGCAGAUACACAAAGGGUAACGACGGUUUGGACUGCUUCCUUUUCGGCGCAGAUGCAUACAUAUUUCAUGCCAUUUUCACCAAAUCGCGUCAUUAGCAUUGCGAGGGGGUGGCUUUUCCGGGAGUGCGUCGUGCGAGGGUCGCUCGUGAAUGGCCGGUUGCGCAACGUGAAAAAGCGCAUUUUCACUUUUCCCCGCGGGCAGGUGCUACAAUAGGCGCGCAGGGGAACGAACAAUUGUGGCCGGCGGCGAGGGGGAUUUAUGUAUAUUUUAUAGGACCCCUCCGUGCAUCGAUUUACCUGGCACAGUCACGAACACUCGCACACCACACACAAGGCAGUGCUUCAAGACUUUGCCGUCCAAGUAUGCAGCGAAGCCACCUGAGAUCAUGAAGUACAUCACCCUGACCGCUGCCCUGGCCCACCAGGAGACCCUUCCUGACGCCACCCAACAAGAGCCAAACAGCCCCGUCGCCUGCAAUGAGGGCGAUGCUGAGCUCUGCGGUGAUGAGGAGCAGGACCUGCGGAGCCUGAGUUGGCUCCAGAGCGGCGACCUUCUGCGUUUGACGCCCAAAAUGCCCCCGACGCCGCCUCCCAGCCCGCUGCCCAUGAAGCCGCCGUCGCCACCGCCGCUCGAGAUGUACCGGCGGCAGGGCGACAAGAAACCACCCUUUUCGUACGCGGCCCUCAUUGGCAUGGCCAUGUCGGCGCACAACAACAAAAUGACCCUGUCGGCCAUCUACGCUUGGAUCAGGGAGAACUUCCUCUACUAUCGCAAUGCCGACCCCAGUUGGCAGAAUUCCAUUCGUCACAACCUGUCAUUAAACAAGUGCUUCGUCAAGUUGCCCCGUUCCAAGGAUGAGCCGGGCAAGGGUGGCUUUUGGUGUUUUGACACCAGUUCGCUCAAGGUGAGCGGCAGCGUGGCGCAGUUGGGCCGUGGCGGCGUUUUGCGCCUCGGCGCUUCCCGCAAGCGCAAGAGGAGGCGGCCACCCCCAAAACAGCCCUCAACUCCAUCUGUCAGCAUCACCGUGGCUCCAUGGGUGGCUCCUCUCACUGCCCUGCACCAACAACAGCAGCAGCAACAACGGCAGCAAAUCAUCCUUGACACUUCGGAUGGUGGUCAUGUCUCGGGUCAGAGCAUCUUAGGCCCGUUGCCUCCAAGCGCGGACAUCACGGUACUUGGCGAAGACGACUUAGCAGGCUUCCUGGGCGGCACUGGAUCGUGGGAUGAAACACAGCUCGAGCUGCUCGACUCCAUUCUCGACUCUCUUUAAUCUCUGUAUUUUUGCAGAUUUGAUGCCGAUUCAAAAUUUUCCUCUUCUGGGAUCAAAUAUUAAUUUUAAUUCAGCUUCCAUUUUACUUUUUGAUCUUGUUUGCUCACUCAGUUCCAAUCAAGAUUUGAUAAAAUCAUUAAUGAUUUUUUUUAUCGGAUUUUACUUUUGACAUUUUGGUCAAAAGACAAAUUUUGCUCAAGUACUAUUUUAUUAUUUCCCUUCUUGUCCCUCAAACGUUGUCUACACAAUAUAUCAAGUAUUCCACUUUCGAGUGUCUUCCUAGUUGAUUUCACCUCUGAGAAUUGGAGUCGGAUCGACACUGCAACAACUGCUGCUUAUACCUUAUCUCACUCAAUCCAGUACUUUUUAUUCUCCCAUGCUGACCGAGUGCAUGAAAUUCUCAAGUUGCAUGCGUUUAACUUCUUUAUGUCCACUUUAAAAUAUGACGUCUAGUGGAUCGAUUUCUCUCUACUGCUGCAUUUCUAGUCUAUUUUGAAUUAGCAAUGAUUUUUUUACAUGAUAAUAUUUUUUGCAAAUUAAUUUAUAAAACAGAUCUGACGUCAUUGUUAUGUCUGCUAUUUAUUAUAAUUUUUUUUGUCAAUUUAAUACUACAGUACUCAAGUUCUAGCAAAAGCCGCUGAAUAUUGACUCCGCUUUGUUGAAAUAUUAUAAAAUGUGCGUGUUUCUUUGAAAAUUAACAAUAAUUUUGCCAGAUGUUUUGAAGAAAUAUAAAUUUUGAGAUUGUUUUAAAAUACUUUUAACUCUAUUUAAUAGUGUUAAGAGCUUGGCAACUUUAAUUUGAAAUGUUCAACCUGCUCUCUAUAAUUUUAGUCCACUCGUUGAGCCAGGGUGUUUAUAGCACAACUUGAGUGAAAUUAGCUUAACAUACAAUAGUUAACACGUAAGAAAAUAUAAUGCCUGAAUAUCUUCCGUCCAAUGAAAGUUUGACAAAAAGAUGUAUAUGAGUAGCAUAGUAAUAACAUUUUUAUCUAGUCUGGAGGCAUGAAUAUAAAGAUUGACUAACAAUUCCGUCCAAAAUAUUGUGGCUUAUUUUUGCUUAAUUUGUAUGUGACUUUGCCUUUGAGAUGGUGUAAAAUUAUAAUGUUGAUUAUUCUUCAUUACGAGUAAAUAAAAGUGAGUAUAUAAAUCU